UGGCACAAGAUCUGGGAGCUGGUAAUUGCUAUGCUUUGCUGCGGGCGGAAGAAGGAGGAACUUGAUCAGAUGUCUCAAGGUCGGGGCCGGGCCGGUAGUCUGAAGGAACCAAGUACUGAGCGGCCAAGGGAUGUACCUGGCAAGUCCAGCAGAAGUGACCACGAUUUGAGGAGCAAAGUCGUCUCACAGCCACCACACAAAGUGGAUAGCGAGACACAAACCCUGGCGAAUAGGGCCGGUAGCAGGUAUAAUAAUAAUUCUGAGGGAAACUGCAGUAAAUCGAAGGGGCGCCGGGAUACCCUGGAGAUGGGAAUAAAAAAUAUGGAGGUGCAGGAUGACGAUUCGAUUGUUCAGACUGUGGAGAUAUUGAAACGUCCUGGCCAGACCCUUGGUUUUUAUAUCAGGGAGGGUAAUGGCAUGGAUAGACAAGAGGGCGUGUUCAUUUCACGGAUUGCGCUUGGUAGUGUUGUGGAGAAUAACGGAUUGCUGCGGGUAGGUGAUGAAAUUCUUUCUGUUAACGCUGUUGAUGUGGGCAACGUCAGUCUUGACGACGUUGUCAUUCUUAUGUCUAUUCCUAAACGCCUCGUUUUAAAAAUACGGACUAGUCGGUCUACGUCUAAAAAUGCUUCGUGUCCGAGUCUGUCCACUCUAGACCAAGAAGAACCUCCAGUUGUUGUCGUCAAAAAAUGUCGGUCGUCUUCUGCGACUGCGAUCGAAAUGACGGAGCGCUGUCCUGAUGAGUUCAGUGGGCGCUAUGGCUCUAGUCCCAGCCAUGACCCAUAUUCGGGACACGGUUCCUCCCGCGGUGAGCCUCCGUUGUACAAAUCAAAAUUAGUUCCGGGAUAUCUGAAACGUGCUGAACAGAUGGGGGAAAUGUCCGUAGAUGUCAGUUUUGAGCAGGGGAAAAUACGGGAUGGGGGUCACUCCUCCCCUGGAGAUCGGGGUAGGUCGAUGACAUCUAGUGGACAGUACGCAGAAUAUAGCCCAAGACCAAAGCGCUCACAGUCACGAUACGCUAAGGAUUAUGUCGAAUUAAACCUACGUCGAGAUUACUCAUCUGAUUCCGAAGUCACACAGUCGUUUUAUGAACGCAAACCGCAAAGUAGGGCAUACACAGUUUACGCCCCUCUGCACUACGGAGACCCACAUCAGCAGUUGGUCGUUACGGAUGAUGAAGACCCCUACAGUAUUGGACCAGACGGGGUUCGUCUCAGACACCCUAGGCAAAAUAAACUUCUCUCACCGGAUGCAUACAACUCUGACUCGGAACUCGUCUAUCAUAAAAUACCUCAGAACUCGUCUAUCGCAGCGUAUUCAGAUUCGGAGACGGGUUACAUAUCUAGUGUAAGUGCGGGAUGCGUGGGCGAGGAUAAUCGUAGUAAUUCGCUUCCGCGAAUGGACGGAGGUGAGAGUAGCGACGAGAUACGCCAUUGGUUGAAGAAGUUUGACACGUUGUCAUGUGAUGUCGAUGAUGAUGGGCAUAGUCCGCGGAUGAAGCAUGGUCUACCAAAUGACACGGGUCACCACGGCGCACCGCAGGAUGAUAAAGAGUCGUACACAGCAGAAGAAUACUCCUCGUGGGUCCAUACGAAAUCACCUUCCCUCCAACGAAAAGCUGCUGCGAAUCCCGGCAAGAAUCACCCACAGGUGAUGCGUCAAUGGAGUGCCGAUGCCUCCUCCACCUCACUCCAGAGGUCGGAGUCCCUCGACCAAUCAGAUUUCUCUCAGGAACAACGUCAUCAUGCUAGUAUGGCACCGCCUAUUCCGAGCAAGGCACGUCAUAUCAGUAGGUCAUAUAGCACAACAUCUAGCAAGGUCAAACCCAGUCCCCAGGACCAGGGCGGUGACCUGAAAAACUUACCUCAUUACAUCUCAAGGAUACGCGAUUUACAAUUGACUCGUAAACCGGUACAGAUACGCAUUGAUGAUUUCGAGACUUAUCGGACAGAGCGCCGCAGUCGCCGCCAUCUUGACGAAAAGGUCAAAGGUUACGACGGCUUGUUGCAAUGCCAUGUGCUAUCUGGACACGGCUUAAAAUCGUCUAGUACAAUGCUACGAGAUCUCUACUGUAUAGUAGAAGUUGAUAACUUGAAUAAAGCUAGAACCAUGAUUCGCACUGGUGCUAUUAAUUUUGAUUGGGACGAACCGUUUGAUAUCGAGUUGGAAAAUGCCAAGGAGCUCACGUUUCUUGUGUAUAACUGGGAUCCAAAUGCACGGCAUAAGCUUUGCUUUUACGGCGUGGUUAACUUACAAUUCUUAUUUCAAUGCGGUAAAAAUCACAAGAUAGGAUUACGUUUGGAACCUAAAGGCAUUUUAUACCUAGAUCUCUCCUACAAGGAACCUGCAGUGACGUUAAAACGAACUCCUUCUCUUCACAAAACCGCCCUCUUUGGUGUAGAUUUGGAAACGAUUAUACGGCGGGAGAAGUCUGGUCUGCGCGUGCCGAUUCUUGUGAAAAAGUGUAUCGAUGAGGUUGAUAGGCGUGGAUUGGAGACCGUUGGGAUUUACCGGUUGUGCGGCUCGGCGAAACGGAAAACUCAAAUCAAAGAAGAGUUUGAGAAGAAUUCGCGUGGUGCUGAUUUGUCGCCUGAGAAUGUGUCCGAUAUCAAUGUCGUCACUGGCCUGCUCAAAGACUUCCUGCGAGAGCUUCCAGAACCCUUGUUUACCAACACCCUCUACCAGAUGUUAUUAGAUUCGAUCAAUGUUCGUCUGCCCGGCGACCCAAGCAGUAAUAAACUCAUGAUGAGUCUGUUGGACUGUCUUCCUAAAGUCAAUCAGGAUACCAUGAUUAUGCUAAUGAACCACCUAAAGCGCGUCGUCCUCAAAGCCGAUCUCAACAAGAUGACGUCACAAAACGUCGCUGUGUGUUUCGGCCCUGUUCUCCUUUGUCCAGCGCCUUCUAGCAUCACUGACGUAGAAGCUGCCAUGGACUUCAAGAAACAUAUCGAAGUCUUGAAGUAUCUGCUCGAUAUCUGGCCGGAGAGCAGAGGUAAGAUGGCCACAAAGAAUCAGCGCCAAUACCAGCGGAGUCAAUCAGUCGAUCGUGCCGGGGAGCAGGAGAGGGGAGGCUCGCCACAACAUCACUCAAGUCCAAAACAUUCCAGCAAGCUUCCAGAUCAACACGCCACCUAUGCCUCAAAACAGGAAGUCAUUUACGCUGACCGGCAUCACGUGCGGCAACACUCGGAACCGUUAUACGCGGAGGUGCGUCCCCGACGGGACCGGGAAUUGGAACGUGCUAGGCAGCAGCAUCAGGCGCGGCAAGAGGGACACUACGCGCGCCAAGCAGAGCUUCAGCGUGAGUUGAGCGAGCAGCAAUUACGUUUAAAGGCGGAGUUAGAUCGGCAUUUGACGGAGCGAGAGCUCAGGAUGCGGCACGAGCCAGAGGGGCAAUACAGUGAUAGGGACACUAGAACACGCCCUGAUCCGGACGGGCAUUUGAGUGACCGGGAAAGUCACAUGCGGCGCCAAGUGGACGGUCGUCAUGGCGAAGACCGGCGGCGCCCUGAAUCACAUUAUAGCGACCGUGAACAUUACUUUAGUGAGCGGGAGAGUCGGUCGCCAGGUGAUUCGCGUAGUCCACGUGAAUCACGUGAAUUAGGUCACGACCAUCCACGCCCGCCAUAUCACCGGAGUUCAUCUCAGCCGCCGCGACCUCAUAGUUCAUCUGGUCAUCGUAAAUCCAGCGAACAUUCGAAACCACCAUCUUGAAACAACGGUGCUGUUAAGUUAAUUAGAUUGAUCAUUAAACGAGCUUUGAUACCAGUAUGUCUAUUAUACAAGCAUUAUGUGAUCAAACCAGGUCUCAUUAGAAUUGUUGCUGGCCUAGAUAUCUUGUACAGUAGAACUUCUCUAUUGCGGACACCCUCAGGACUGACAAGUGCUAUCCAUAAUAGAGAGGUGUCCUGAUUACAGAGGUCAAAUUGAAUGGAAAAAACAAUUUGGGACCAAAACUAGUAUCCUUAAUAGAGAGGGUGUCCUUAAUAAUGCGGUGUCCACUAAGGGAGGUUCUACUGUAUAUUGUACAAAAUAUCUUGAACUCGUUUUGAUUGGAGACGGCAUAAUCCAACAACUUCUCUGAGGUUUAAUGCCAGACUCCAUGCAUGAUUCCCAGGACAUAAUUGGUGGGGACUUGAACACAGCGGCUAAAGGUAUCGGUUUGCCUGAGAAAAAUACGUGUUUAGAAGAAACAUACAAAAGAUGAGUUCAUUUUGAGGGGUGUAAGGCCCGCAUUUAUUAUUUUAUCCGAUUGUACCCCUCCAACAGUGUUAUGGGAGGGCCUUGUUUCUAUUGUGUUGCAAGAAAAAACCAAUACCUUUACCAGCCUGCGAUGACUCCCUUUAAAGAGAGCCUCAUAACUUUCCUGAUUAUCAAUAUGAUAUUAAUCUACAUGUACCCUAAUCCCAAGGUCGUAAUCGAUUGAGUAUCAACAGUUCUUCUGGCCCUUUGUGGAACUUUUGCAUAAAUGUUUUGUAUUGUCUUAAUGUGCUUAAAUUAAUUCGAUUUCUAUACUAUUAAUUCCUGGACAAAAAAUCUGUCGUGCCUGCUUGAAAUUUAUCUGAGAUUUUACACUAAAUUUUAAGAUGCCACGUGACCUCUUAUUCUUCCAGAAUUGAAAGGUAGACUAUGAAUAGAUAGAUCAAUGAUAUUUAUUCUGUUCUUUUAUCCCAAUUCUUCGUACUGUAAACCACAAAUGUUUGUGCCUUUUAAUUUCUGCAAUUUGCGAAAUUUUUGGAAAGUAGAAUUUUUUUGAAUUUUAGUUUGACUGAUUAUGACUUCAAAUUUCUUUCGGUUUGUUCAAUAAAAAAAACUUUUUGCAUCAAUUUUUGUUAUUGCAUAUCUUAUUUAUUUAUGAGAUCUGCAAAAAUCACAUGCCCGCAAAAAUUUGUUGGUUUUACAGUAUGUAUGUCAAACAAAUGUUUAAAGGAUCUGAUUCCACAUCUGUUUGAAACUAUCUCAGUGUUGAUGAGGAUCGUGCUACAUGUUAUCACAGAUAUAUCGAUGAAAGUUCAGAUAACCCAUAACUCCAAUAAGACCAUAUGGGUAUUUUCAAGAAUGCUAUUUCAAAUAACCAUUUGAUCUGAUCGGAGACAUUAUAUUACUUUUUACCACAUUAAAUGAUAAGGAGGGGGUUGUGUGAGAUACUGUGUGAAGUUUCUACCCCCCUCCCCAGGAAGCUACCAUACCUGUAUUCCUUUGAAUAUGUUUUUGGCCGAAACAAAUGCAGCCAAUAUAUAUACUUGUACUUCCCAUCGCGUAUGAACUCUUAAAUCAACACUAAUUUGAAAAUAUGUGCGUUGAGAUUAUUUUUCAUUGUCUCGAAUGAAAAGUGUGAAAUGUUUAAUUUCUCAGUGUAGUAAAAUUCAUAUGAACCAAUACUUGUAUAAUGCUAGUAAAAAAAUCUUGGUCACAGUGGCAAUCAGUACGGGUCUGUAGGUCGUACUUGUAUUAAGCUUACGUCCUCAUCUUGCAGCCAUGAGUAAAUUGGGAAAAUAUCCGUUUAAGUUUAAGACGUUCUCUUCCAUUAUACAUGUAUGUUGCGAGUCAACCAUACAGCGUCGUUAACACGACACAAAAAGUGACAUUAUAUUCACAGGGCAUCCAGAUUAUAAAAACCACUGCCAAUGGACCAGCAUCCACACAACACCGAAUAAAAUUAAUCUAAAUUGAAUCUGGUACUCCUGUUUCCCCCAAAAUGAGGCGCUUCUCAUUGUUGGAACUGCACAAGCAUAUGUGCAAUGAUUUAAUGUGAUGACAAAAAGGCAUUGGAUCGGCUGGGACUGCUUUUACCCAUUGCAAACUGAACCGCAUCCACAUUCGAGCAAUUUGGUUGGUAUGAAAAAUGUCUGGAUAGAAUCUUGAUUAAGUUAUGUGCGCCAUCUACAUACACCUGACAGAACUUUGUUAUCUGAUGUGAAUGUGAUGUCGCUUGUUUUCGUGUCGUGUAAACGUCACAAUCAAAUCAUCCUAAGAUUGGUCAUAAUACAUGUACAUGUACAUGUACCUGUAUAUAAUUCUUGCACCAGUUUAUAUUCAGUCACUUUAUUUACAAGAGUUCUCAAAUUGGGGAGAGAAAUUAGCUUUUUUUCGAUUUAGCAUUGUUGAGGCACCUUAAUCAGAAGAGUUUGAACGCAUGUGACUGGUUUACUAACUUUAUGCAAUGAAUAAAGCGAAACUGUCGAGCUCUGACUAUGGGGCACUGAAGUUUUUAAUUUGAUUUUUAUUCUGUCGCAAAAGUAGCACCCCUUUUCAGUAUUUCAACUGCAGCUUUCCUCUUAGCUUCUGAAGGUUUUCCGUAAAGUUGUUGGUACUCCUGAACUUUGGUCAAAUUUCUGAAUCAUCACGGAUUGUGCAGAAUGUCUGUCAAUUUCAGUAAGGUAUAGAUAGUAAUUAGCAUUGACGCUUUCCACCAAGUGCAAUUUUUUUGCGACAUGUGAAGUCAACUUCUUAUCAACAUUGUCAAACAUUUGAUUAAAAAUAAUUAUCUAUUGUAAACUAUGAAAUUUUUGCACACAUUUUAUUUUAUUGUUUUUUUUUUCUUUUUCUUGUGAUUUUUGCAAAUGUGACGUCAUACGCAUCCUUAAAGCACCCGAAAAUUUCAGCUGUAUUGCAUAAUUCACAAUCAACCUGCAGCUUCAAAUGCGUUAUCUGGAAACGCUAGUUGAAAGUGUGCAAAAUGGCAAACUUUUAGCUUUGCAAUCAUUUCAUGAUUUACGGUAUUAUGAAAAACACAAGGCAUUGAUUAUCACAAGAUACUGUAAAAUCCGCUUUUGUUGCUGAUGUCGAGUUAAAACUCGAUCUUCUCUUGAAAUUUCCCAAGAAAUACUGAGUUAAGAAAUCAAGGGGGUUUGACGUAUAUGAUUAGGGUCAGAAAACUCUGUGUAUUUUUCCAAAACUUUUUAUAGCCACUUUCAAAAAUUGAUGUCGCAAAUUGUCUUGGAUGUUUUUAGGUGCAUGACUAGCGGGAUAUUCAACCGUCUGUUCAGAAAGAACUAUUGCUGCCGGGAUACACUUAUAAAAUCUAGAAAUUCUGUUUGUCUGUAAAGUGUAGAAAAUUAUAUAAAUGUAUAUAUUAAAAUUAUUUAUUGUUAUUGUAAAAAGUAAAGUUAUUUGAGAAGGAGGAUAAUUUUUCCCAUUUAUGAAUACUUGUAAAAAGUUAAAGAUGUUUGAAGAGGAGCAUAAUUUUCCCAUUCAUGAAUGCUAUUUCAGUUUUGUAAGUAUAAAACAGGACGUUUUAAUUGAAGAGGUGUAUAAUUCCAAUUAAAGGUUUUACAGUCAGUUCAGGUCUUGCCUAACUUGAAUUUUGAGAACAUAAUCAACAAUUUGUUCUAAAAGUAGCUAUCGCACCAUAAAAUCUUAUCAAAGGCCAGAAAAUAUUGUUGUCAACUUUCACAAUUGUGGAUUAGAAGAAGCAGGACAAUUUUAGAAUGAUGGGUAAAAUCACUGGACUAAUUGUGCACUGAGCCUGUAACAUGUGACCUGUGUGAUCAGGACAGAUUGCAAAUUACAACCAAACUGAUCAAAUACUUUAAAAAAUAGAUUGUUAUAAUGAAACAGCUGAUAUAACUCACUGGCCUAGUUCUUGUUUAUAACUUGCUGAUCUCAUUGCUCUAGUCUUUGAUAAAGCUGGUCUAGGUCUUGUUAUAAUAGGUCUGAUGUCUGAAAAAAAUGGCCUAAUUCUUGUUAUAACCAUAGUUAUCUGGUGUCUGAUGAAACUGGCCUAGUUCGUGUUAUAACUGGUCUGGUGUUUGAUAAAACUGAUCCGCUUGAUCUGUUCCUUGAUAAAACUGGUCUGAAUCUUGUUAUAACUGGUCUGGUAUUUGAUAGGUGGCCUGGUUCUUGUUAUAACUGAUCUGGUUCUCAAUAUAACUGGCCUAGUUCAUGUCAUAACUGAUGUGGUUCUCAAUAUAACUGACCUAGUUCUUGUUAUAACUGAUCUCGGUCAUGUUACAUUUGAUCUGAUUGAUCUUGUCCUUGAUGAAACUGGUCUAUAUGUAGUUCUUGUUAUAACUGAUCUAGUUCUCGAUAUAAACUGGUCUUAUCGUAUGUGUCAAGUGGAUUGUUUAUGUAUUUUUAUCCACAAUAGGGGGCGCAUUUUGUUCUGAUUUAUAUAAGAUGGUGAUGAUGGCAUUGCAAAUGCAUCUUUUGAUGCAGGGGUGAAAUUAGGCACUUUUUUCCGCUAUCUGCAGCGCGCAGGUAUAUAAAUAUUUUAGGGAUCGAAGACAGGCACAGUCUCUGCUCAGUUAGGUUCCAUUGCUUGCAUAUUGUCGUCUGCACUUUAUAUGCUGUAGCCAGUACAGGGAAGACAGUAGGUGCACCCCUUAUUAGUUUAACUUGUUCAGAAGUAAAGCCAAAAGAAAAACUUUGACUUCCUAGUUCUAUGGUCCCAAGCUCCUGGUAUUUCAUGUGAACACAUUACAUGUAUAUCUGCAGUAGCACCUCACUAUGAAGGACACCCUUGAGACUGACAAAUACUGUCCUUCAUGGAGAGGUCAAAUUGUUUAGAAACAAUUCCGAUUCACUGUCCUGCUUACAAAGGUCUCCACUAUAAGGGAGGUUCUACUAUACUUGCUGGCUACCAUGGUAUUGGUUUCUGAACAAUUACUUUUGUCAUUAAUUCAUUUAGAAGCUACAUGUAUCUUGCAAAAUUUUAAUUUCACACUUGCUUGUAUUACUUGUGUGUUCAUCUGGUGCAGGGGUUUUGUUGGGCAAAACAAAAUCUGUGCUCAGGGGGGGGCCACCUCAGAAUUUGACUGCUGGCCAAAAAAACCCUAACAUAUUUUUCUCUCCUCCCCCUUGAUUCUAAGACUCACAAAGGAGGCACAGGGGGCCAUCUCAGAAUUUAAUUGUUGGCAAAAAAACAUUUAACAUAUUUGUCUCCUCUCCCUCCUUAAGACUUUGGCUCACAAAGCAGUUUAGAAUUGCCAGAAUUAGUUUUGAGAAGGCCCCCUUUAGCAGGAGAGGAGUGACCAGGACAAGUCUUGUUCCAUGAAAUAUCAACACUAUCAUCCUACAAGUGAUCCUUGUAAUACGAGUAUGAAAUGAAUGUUGCAAAGUUUGUGAAAUACUCCAUUGAGGACUUCAAAUCAAUGCCACAAUUGGCAGAAGCUUGAAAAAAAUUCCACAUUUUUUUACCUGGCUACCCAUGCGUGAUGGUUACCCAACUGUACUUUAUAAUGUAUUGGCUAGUGUAACCCAAAUAUUUCUGCCCCAUUCGUGGCAAUGUUUGAAAUAUUAUCUGAUUAUACAGGAAUGUGAGGAAAUGUUUGAUAUCAGUGUGUUUUACCUUGAACAUGUUGAAUAGAUCAAUCACACUACAAGUGCAGUAGAACCUCUCUCUACUAGUGUCUUUAAUAGAGAGGUUGUUCUUAAUAGAGAGGUGUCUGCUAAGGGAGUUUCCACUGUACGUCAGAGACGUCAACAGUUUGAUAACCCAAAAACUGUUUUCUUAUGAUGGUUGCAUCAAGUCUAGGGAAAUUAUUCGGCCCUUGGGUAUAUGCUAUACCUUGGCAUAGGCACUUGGUAGUUAUGCCACUACCAGACUCAACUGCAGUGGCCAUUCUUGCGCAUGCGUUACCAAAUACAAAAUCACUUCUGCCAAGCGUAGGUCUGAUUUCAUGGCCAUGCAUACAACAAAAUCUGGAAAGAUUUUCCAUCUUCUGCGACUGGGCCUCAUUCAAAGUACUGUGUAUGUAGAGUUAUUUUGGUUCAGCUCGCCCUAAGUUGGUAUUACAUAACGUCUGAUUAACUAUAUCUGAUGCACUGGAGAUUUUUUAUCAAUUUAGGUUGACCUGGUCAUAGAUACAGUCAUACAAAACAAGACUCAUUACUAUGGCUGAAAACACAAAUUACGUAAUAAAUAACAUGUUUCUGAUAA